AUGUCGUGGCUCUUCAAACCUCGCGGCGAUGAUCCCGAACCAUCAUCUCCCUCAGGACCUGAUUUGUCUUCCCUCGGUCUAACCAUCGGUCGACAGCUCCGUGGCGUUGCAGCUUUCCUUGCGCCGCCUCCUUCUCCGCCGCCUUCCGAUCCCGUCAACGACCGCCUCUCCUCCGAUUCACCUACUCAGCUUGCCCUACUCGGGAUCCGGAAUGAUCUAGCCGAGAUUGGUGGAAACUUCAAGUCUGGCAUCUCCAAUUUCGCAUCCAAUUUGCUUCAGUUUCCCAGUAACAUCUACGAAGAUAGUAGAAUAUCCGAGUUUGAUCAAGUUCCUGGGAUUUCUCAAGAAGUUGUGGAUUUUGCCAUUAAAAUCUCCACUAGACCAGGUUGCUGGACAGAUUUUCCAUUGUCACUCAACACUGAGUUUGAAUUGUCUGAGGCCCAAAGGGCACAUGCAUCAGCCAUUGAACAUCUGGUUCCUGGCCUUGUAGCUGUGAAGAAUGAAGUCAGGAGUUGCAUGGAUGAUGAACACUUCUGGCUGAUUUAUUUUAUUUUGCUGAUGCCGAGACUGAAUGGACAUGAUUUUGAGCUAUUAGCAACUUGCAAGGUAAAUGAAACAAGGGAUCAACUUUUACUAAAGCUGCAAAAGAAGGAGACAGCAGGGUCGAGCCCGAGCUCUGUUGGUCACGAAACUCCUGAAGAAGGUAGCAGCAAUAGGGAAGCAGAAACUGUUGAGGGAGUCGUCGAAAAGAUAGAGGGGCUGAAAAUUGAGCAGAGAGAGAUAAGCGAUGAAUCAUCUGAAGAAAGAAGGAGGAGUUUUAGAGAUGAAGAGGUUAUCUCCUUCAGUGAUUUAGAUGUAGACGAUCUCUCGGAGAAGCCAUAUUCCAACAGGAGUACACUGAAAAGGCGAGCAUCAAACGCAAGCGGUUCAAGCGACUGGGUUCAGCUUAACAGGAGUCAAGGUGGACACAGCAAGGAUUCGGAAGGUGAUUCUAGUGACUGGCUUCCAAUCGGCGACUCUGAUUGA